AUGACCUUGCAACACGACAAAUUGUAUAAAGAUUUAACUGAUGAGCAGUCGAUGAUUUAUCGAGAAGUAUUGGAUGCCGUGUCGAGUGAAGAAGGAGGUGUAUUUUUCGUUUACGGCUAUGGAGGGACGGGUAAAACAUAUGUGUGGAAAACAUUAUGUGCUGCAAUAAGAAAGAAGGGCGAAAUUGUAUUGCCAGUAGCUUCGAGCGGAAUCGCUUCUCUCCUCCUUCCACGCGGAAGAACAGCUCAUUCUAGAUUUGGUAUCCCUCUGAAUGUAAAUGAGAAUUCUACUUGCGCCGGGAUUCGCCCUGGGUCGGAAUUAGCUGCUCUUCUCAUUAAGACAAAACUAAUCAUUUGGGAUGAAGCUCCAAUGAUGCAUAAGUAUUGUUUUGAAGCACUUGAUAGAAGUUUGAGGGACAUAAUGAGGUCUAUUGAUAGGGAUAUCUUGCAUCGACCAUUUGGAGGUAAAGUGAUAGUAUUUGGUGGUGAUCUCAGGCAGAUAUUACCAGUUGUACCAAAGGGAACUAGGCAGGAUAUCGUGUUCGCCACUGUUAGUUCGUCUUACUUAUGGGAUUCGUGUAAGGUCCUAAGACUUACUCGCAAUAUGAGAUUACAAUCAGGUUCCUCGAAAUCUUCUCUUGAUGAAUUGCGAGAAUUCUCAGAGUGGAUACUAAGCGUAGGAGAUGGAAAUGCUGGCGGUCCUUAUGAUGGUGAAGCCGUCAUCGAGAUUGCAAAAGAUAUCCUUAUAGAUCCCGGGGCCGAUCCGAUUUCAGCAAUUGUUGAAAGCACGAGAAGAUGGCGUCUAUUUGAGUCCGGAUGCUAUAAGCAAAGAGGAAGGAAACUUUGGAGUCCACUAAAUAUACUCCACUGA